CCCCCUAGUUUGUGCAAGCGUAGUUUCACUAAUGUAGGCCUACCUGUUGUCACAGAGAUGACAAGGUGUAUAUUAUGUGGGUGGAGCCAGUGUUCAUUUCAUGUGUAGAUCCACAGGUUGCCAUUGCCAAAAGAGCCAAAAAAAGAAAGAUACAGCAAGAAGCGAGGCCGCAUCUUCUUGCUCCUGAGUGUAGGCCCUAGGCUACAGCGAAAGUAAACUGAGACAUGGCGUCUGGUGACCUGCAGCCAUCGGACAUCCUGGAAGAUGUGAGGAGGCAGUGCUUGAAAAGAGGAGCUGCUGGAAUCAAAGGCAUUGGGAGGACAUUUCGCAUCAUGGAUGAUGAUGGCACAAAAUCAUUGGACUUUGAGGAGUUCAUGAAAGGCAUGGAGACCUACGGACUCAUCCUUGCCAAAGAGAGUGCUGCAGAUUUGUUCAGACUGUUUGACAAAGACGGGAGUGGCACAAUCAAUUUCGAUGAGUUCCUUGAGAAGAUAAGGCCCCCAAUGUCAGACACGAGAAAGCAGAUCAUAGGAAAGGCCUUCAAUAAGCUGGACAAGACGGGGGACGGAGUGGUCACCAUCGAGGACCUGAAGGGCGUGUACAACUGCCGUCAGCACCCCAAGUUCAAGAGCGGAGAGUGGAGCGAGGACGACGUGUUUCGCUCGUUCCUGGACAGCUUUGACUCCCCCAACGACAAAGACGGCAAGGUGACCAGCGAGGAGUUCAUAAACUACUACAGUGGAGUGAGUGCCUCCAUCGAUGAAGAUGAAUACUUUGUCCACAUGAUAACAAAUGCCUGGAAGCUGUAGGACAGCGUUUAACAAGUUGAUGCUGAAACUGUUUUUGCCAUUUUGGAGCAUGUGUUCAAAUGUAGUGCCCUUAGUGUGGCUCUUUGGAACUGCAGUUUAUAAAUAAAGUAAUAAUUAAAUUAAAUUAUCAAUAAGAUCAUGUUUUGAGGAUGGAGCGUUCUCCAUAAUUGCUCCUGCAUCUUCAUAGCCAAGAGUUUACUUUUUUUUACUGAAUAGCAAGUCAGCUGGGUAUUUUGACAUAACAUUUUUCACCUUCACCAAAGGAUUAUACACUUCCUUUUUUGUUUUUGUAAUGAGUUGUCUGUUGAGAAGAGAUACAUUAAACAAAAUUACAUUUUCACUAAA